AUGAUUCUGAUACCUUUGUCCGUAUCGUUUCAAAUAGGAACUUAUUUUGAGUACGGUAGUUUCCGGAAUGGUUUAGCAUUUCCUCGGACGGCCAUUUUAUAAGACGCUUCGUGAUCGCGUAUGUUUGCAUGUUGAUAUUUUUUACUCUUUUUAACAAGUAAACUAUUUACCUCUUAAAUAAUUUAGUUUAUUGAGUAGAAAACGUAUCAGGGAUGAUCAAGCAAGAGGAGUAAGUAUAAAAUCGAUAUUUAUAAUAAUUUAUCAUAUAUCCUCUGUCGGCGUACAGAAUCGUGUACAAUUAAUGUAAACCGACGCUAAUACGUUUUCAACAUAUCAGCAGUGUGAGUUUUCUGAGCAAAUUCUCGUUUAAUUGCUCGAUUUCAAUCGAAAUUCGUGUAAACUAUAAGUUGCAAAACGAAUGAUAAAAUCUAUCGGUAUCAUAACAAGCUAGAAUAAAACGUGAUUCCUCGUAUGUUAUACACAUUAUUUCUACGUAAUCGUGUUAAAUAUUUAGGAGUCAAGUGCAGAAUAAUGACGAAAGGGACCGAAGUAGAGAGCGCGACCGUAAUAGGAGAGCCGAGCGACAAAAUCGUAUAAAUUCUACGAGUCGUGAUCGUAGCAGAGAACGAAAUGACCGUGGUCGGAAAGCCUCGGAUCGACGAAUCUACGUAUCAAACAUUCCCUAUGAUUUUCGCUGGCAAGAUUUGAAGGAUUUGUUCAGAACGGAGGUUGGAAAAGUCGCUCACGUUGAACUUUUCACUGAUGAAAAUGAUAAGCCAAGAGGUUGUGGUAUCGUUGAAUUUGAAGAUUCCGAUUCGGUAAAAAUUGCUGUAGAAAAAAUGCAUCGGUAUGAUAUUAAAGGGAGAAAGCUGGUCGUCAAAGAGGAUUUUGAUGUUGAACGAGAUAAAUAUGGUCGGUUGGCAACAGCCCGUAAUAACGAAAGAGUUCGUGAUGAUAGAUUUAGGGACCCGCCAAGGCCACAAGGCGGUGGACGUCAAAAUAUGAAUGCUCCUACUGGUGGAGGUGGUGGUGGUGGCGGUGGUGGCGGUGGCGGCGGCGGUGGUGGAGGUGGUGGUGGAGAUAGCAAAUUUGGAAAUACUUAUGGUCUAAGUACUCAGUUUUUAGAAUCUUUAGGUAUUAAUGGACCUUUAGUUACUAGAGUAUUUGUUGCCAAUCUUGACUACAAAGUGGAUGAGAAGAAAUUAUUGGAAGUAUUUAAAUUAGCUGGUAAAGUCCUACAUGUUGAGUUAGGAAAGGAUAAAGAUGGAAAAUCACGAGGAUUUGGAGUGGUAGAAUAUGAUCAUCCAGUAGAGUCUGUACAAGCUAUAUCAAUGCUUCACAACCAGCAACUUUAUGACAGACGCAUGACUGUGAGACUUGAUAGAGCAAAUGAACCAGACAUGCCACCAAAACUGCCAGAAGGUUUAAAGGGAAUUGGAAUGGGUCUUGGAGCUGGUGGUAAUAGACUAAUGGAUGUGGCUAGAAACAUUCCUAAUGUACAAGCAAAUAAUCCACCUGUCGUGAAUCCCAUUUCUGCUCCUGUAUUGGCUGCCGGUGCUUUUGGUGCUGGUUUAAACAAUGUUGUGCCAGCACAGCUAGCAUCUGCAUUGUCAAAUACAAAUGCUGCAGCUCUUCAAGCAAGUCUUGCUGGAGGUUUGAGCGCUAAUCUGACUACGAGUUCUUUGCUGAAUUCGUCGUUAACAAAUGAGUUGGCUUCUAAUUUAAAUAAUUUCGGCGGAGGAGUUGGAGGUUUGUCUAAUUUACAAGCCUCUUUAGCUGGUGGACAAAGCAACAAUUCAUUUGCGCCGCGAGGCUUAUCUAAAAUGGACAAUGAUAUAGGCUUUGGUGGAAACAAUGCUUUUGGUGGUUCUAACUUCGGGGGUGGCAGAGAUUUUGACGGUGGAUUCAACAGAGGGGACAACGACCGUGUUCCUGGAGGCGGUGGUUUCGCUGGAAAUCAAGGCCAAGGAGGAGGUGGCAACAGACAAAAUACCAAUGGUUCACGACCAAUGUCAGAUACUAUUCUUAUAGGAAACCUUCCACCAAACACAACAUGGCAAAUGUUGAGAGAUAAAUUCCAAGAUGUUGGAGAGGUGAAAUUUGCUGAAAUGCGGGGCACUGAUAUGGGUAUGGUACGAUUUGCAUCUGAAUGGGAUGCCGAACGUGCUGUCUAUGAUGAAUCGGUCACGUAUCGACGGCAGAACGAUCGAUGUUCGCCUUUACUAAAAGCUGGAAAAUAUAUUCAAGGUAACAUUAAUAGAGAACCUCUGCAGAAUUUGACGCUUAACAAUAACUUAUUGAUGCAGCGAGAGGAGACUGGGUGUUCGUAUGUCGUCUGCAGGAUUAUUCCACUCCUGAUGACAAUACUUGAAAUUCAUCCUAGUAGUGUGGCAGAACUUAGGACAGUGGGUGAGAAGUAUCUGUCGUUGGAAGAUCAACAGUUGUUUUAUGCCUACUUCAACGUUGAAACACUCAUUGGCUGCCGAUGAUCACCCUUCCUUCCUACGACUGUUUCAUUCGAAAUUCUUUUACGAGAUUAUCGUUCCUUUUUACAGUGGAAGUCUACUAAUUAUUCACUCCUAAAUGGAUCUUUUCGAGUGAUCGAUAUAUAGUUUAGUUGUUAGAUUUAGGUUCAUAAUGUUCUACAUAAUCUGUAGGUUUUUCAGUAUGUAGGUUUAUGCUAUUACAGUAAUUAUCAAAUGUAGAUUGUAAGUUUAUUUCUUAGUUUUCAUGAGAGAUCAAUUAAUUUUCCCACAUUCCGGUUGAACGCUGUGGUCGUUCGCGGAGUGGUUUAUCGAUCAGGGACAGAUUAAUCUUUCAAGCAUAAAUACUAACGCGACAUAGCUGUUACGGAUUUUAUGACUUAAAGUUUAUCCAUGUAUGAUAGAUACUUUCAUGCACAAUCCUACACAGUUCGUGGAUGUAUGUUGAUUUUUCUGUGGUAUCGGUCGCACUCUAUUCUUGUAUCUAAUACAUAAUAAGAUACAUCAUGGCUCAACAGGGGACUGUUUUCAUUGUAGUUCUGCGAUCUGAUUUUUUAUUCGUCGCGUCACAUCAUUCUAGUAACUUGGAGAUUCAAGUGUAGUAGAGCAUACAAAAUUUUAGUUGUUAUUAGGAAGAAGGUCCCUUCCAAUUCAAUCGUUUCGACACUUCAGCGAACGAAUAUUGGAUGAUUUUAUAUCCUAAAUUUGGCAGAAUUUGUCUUACAUAUUGUGCAUCAAUAAUAUGUUUACCAAAAAAUACCAAAUAUUUAUCUAAAGAACGAACAAUUUUUAAUAUCUUUCGGUUUUUACAAAAUCGAAUGGAAGCUUUCUACAGCUAAUUUUAUAAGUAUAUAUUCUUUGGUAAACAUAUUUCCUCUCACUAUGUAGAUCUCGAGGAACAUUCUGCGCAUUGUAUAACACUCUUGUAUAACCACGACAUCAUGACAGUGAUUGAAUAAAAUCCAAAUCCGUUUUGACUACAAAAAAAUACGCUGGUCGUUGUGUUUUAUUUCUGUGUUGUUGUGAUUCUUUAUAUUUUAAGCAGGUUUAAGCUGUGGAUAUGCAUUGGCAUAGAGGAUAUCGUUUCUGCUACUUUUACAUGUGCAAUACAUUUACCCAGAACGAAUAUUUUCAAAAUGUAUUGCACUUAAGAAAUUGUUAAGCAGAAAUUUCUGCUUAAACAAUUUAUAAUUGUAGAUACUCCCUGCUUGCUUUUAAAAUUUGUAAACUUCACAAUCUGUGAGGUGUGAAUAUUUGUUUACAUCGCAGGUGAGAUAUUUUUCAGGUGAUUGUGGUUUUUCUAUUCCUCUAUGAUGAAUACAUGUUUCAAGAACGAAUAAUUUGCUUGAAAUUUAUCGAAUACUUGUUCCUUCGUCAAUGGCCACCGGGAUGUAUCGUUAAUGUAAUACUCGAAUUAUCAAGUUAUAUGUGGUAGUCUUCUUUCUGAAAAUUGUUAACUUAUUUUUAAUAUUGUUUGAAAUAGAUGGAUUAACAGGUUUUGGGAAAGUGAAGACUGUAGACGGUAAUAUAGUACUUGGUCUCUAACAUUGUGGUCGAUUCUUAUUUUAUUGUAGCAUUUAAAAAACGUAUCUUCCAUUAUAUUUAUCGAGAAGUAGUUUAAAUGACUGCAAAAUUCUAUAUUCCAAGUGAAUUUGCGUAAAGUAAGAAACACAAUUACUUUUAUGCGUGACUGUAACUUCUAUGGUAAGUGGUGGUAAACAUUUUACGCUCUGGUCUUUGCCGCAAUCGUCAAUGAAAUAUUUAAUGCGUUCGAAUCACUAUGCAUAUGGAAUUUUUUUAAUAACCAUCGUCGAUCUCCGCUGUGUUGCCAAAUUUGUUUCUUAAUAUUUGAAGGAUGUGGUCUUUUUUUUCUUACAAUGUCAUUGAUGUUAGAUAGAUAGGGUCUUAUUUUAUAACACAUGAGAUCGUGUGCAAUGGUUUGCUGUAUUAUUUCCAUCGUAAAUGAUUAAUCUGUUGUGUUUUAUUAUUCCACGAGAUAUUUUGGAGAAAGGAUAUAUUUCAACAUGGGAGAAUAGGGAUAAAGACAUCUCCUCUUUCAUAUCGUUUAAACGUUCAUUGUCGAAAUUGUUUGAAUAAGUACCUGAAAAUAAAAUUUUUUAAUAUAGAGGAUCAGAUUAAAUAAUUUUGAGUACAUUAAUCACUUUUAUAUUGCGGCUAACGUCUUGCAGGAAAACUAGGUAAGUUCCAGAAUUCAUGCAACAGCUUUUUAUGAAUAUGUUGUUCUUCCAGGAAAGCUAUCGCGUCCGACCAAAAGGUAAUUAAGCGGUAAGUUUUAUAGGAUAAAAAUCUAUUGAUAUUUUAUUUAUAUUUUAUUUUAUUGAUAUAAUAUUUAAAUAUUUUAUUUUAUUGAUAUUCUAUUAUAAAUAGAAAUAAAUGAACAUCUCGAUAUAUCAUUAAUCACACCUAUAUUUCCACAGUCUUCACAUUAUACAGUUAAAUCGGGUGACUUUGAAUGUAAGAUACUUUUUUGUAAAGAAUCACAGUGUCCGUAAAAAUAAAAAGUGUGUGAAUUACCGAAACAGAAAUGUGUUCGAAAAAGUACAAAAAUCUUUAAGUUACAUCAAGAUCUCAAUGAAAUUAUGAACUCUCUAUUAUUCUUAAUGUGAGGAAAUUGUUAUAGUCGUGUUAUUUAGUGUCACGUGCAUUUAUUUAAUUUCAAAAAAGCACCUUACUAGAACACCUCAAAUAUAUAAUUCUUAAAUAUACAUAUAUAUAUAAUUCUGUAUAAUACUUACAAUGUAUAUGUAUGUUUAUCACAUUUUAAAUAAAGGUAAGCUUAAAUAUAAAUUAUAGAUUAACAUUAUAUAUAUGUAUAUAUAUACACGCAUACAUAUAUAUAAGUAUAUGUAUAUAUAUGUAUAUAUCAUAACUUCAAAUCUUUCAAUUAGCAAAUGUUUUAAGUAAUCUAGUAGAAAGACGACAUUCGAGUAGUGUCUACAAAACAUGCUUGUAUGCAAAAUAAAAAUUUUAUGAUAUCGUAGAACUUUUAACUUAUAAUUUUAAUUUUCCUUAUUUUUUAACAUAUAAAAACAUAUAAUUUAUUUUUAAGUUAUUCCGUGCUAUAUCAAAAAGUAUAUUACAGAAUCUUAUUUUUAUUUUUAUUUAUACAGCAAUGAAAAUGAAAAUAAUUUCUACGAUUACAUAAUUCUUCAAUUUAACGUAUAGUCAGUUGUAACUAAAUAUUAUCAACGCGAUGUGUAUAUUAUGGCUUGUAAUGGGGUUUAUGUAUAAGGGAAAUGCUGUCAACCAAGUAUACGAUAAUAAAAUCACAUUAAUUCAUGUUUGUAAGCCAUCGUAAUCGAUGCCAGUUAGCAAUCUUUGAUGUAUCAAAUAUUUUAUAUUAAUCAACACUAAUAUCAAAAAAUCUUUCUUUUAUUAUAGAACGAAACGAAGAACGUCUUUGGGAUUAA